GCUUAGACUAGUUUAAUAUGUUUUUUUCCCAGUAUAAAACGACAGACUUUGAGCGGCAGUUAAUCAUCUGCUACAUUGUCACACCCGCUGCACUUUACAUUGUAACAUUUUUCACUCACGUUGUUACGUUGAAACAUCCGUUCGAUCUCGUUCGUUACAGUCAGUCAGCGAUACUUUGUAACAGUUUUCCUGGUUCCGGUCAUUACCAGGUGUGACAGACAGAGGCAGUGCUGAGUUACAGACUACAGCAGAGAUACAGGCAGAGAAUAUCACAUAGAAAAAAUACAGAGAGGGCGAGAGAACAGAAGAGAAGGGAAGAGCGCCUGGCAGGGGCUCACAGAGACCCCCGGAUCCAGAUGCAAGUUCAUAUCCCACCUUACCGAUCGAUAUGUGAUCAAUUUUAUCAAUCCCGUCGCUUGAAUGACGCCCCGACUGCUUGAGACGUUGUAACAGGGAGGAGAAACAAAAACCUUCCCGGCGACCUUUUUUUUUUCUGUCUAUUGUGGAUCAUUUUCUCUCUUUGGAAUCGGAAUUGGAUUGAUCAUUCAUAAGGACAGCGCACAGAUUGGCUUCGAGGGAGUAAGAUGGGGUGUUUGGGGAGCAGUAAAACCGAAGACCAGCGCAUCGACGAGAAAACACAGCGAGAGGCCAACAAGAAAAUAGAGAAACAGUUGCAAAAAGAGAGACAGGCUUAUAAAGCUACACAUCGACUGUUGUUGUUGGGGGCUGGUGAAUCGGGCAAAAGCACUAUCGUGAAGCAGAUGAAAAUUCUUCACGUCAACGGGUUUAAUGCGGAGGAAAAGAAACAGAAAAUUCAAGACAUUCGCAAAAAUGUGAAGGACGCCAUCGUGACCAUAGUGUCUGCAAUGAGCACUUUAAUACCACCCGUCCCACUCGCUAAUCCAGAGGACCAGUUUAGGAUCGACUAUAUCAAAAGCAUAGCGCCGCUCUCUGACUUUGAUUAUACACAGGAGUUUUUUGACCAUGCGAAGAAGCUCUGGGAUGAUGAAGGCGUUAAGGCGUGUUACGAACGGUCCAACGAAUAUCAACUAAUCGACUGUGCGCAUUACUUUCUUGACCGGAUUGAUGCAGUAAGACAAAGCGACUAUACACCAACAGACCAGGACUUGCUUCGCUGCAGAGUGUUAACAUCAGGGAUUUUUGAGACGCGAUUUCAAGUAGACAAAGUCAACUUUCAUAUGUUUGAUGUCGGAGGUCAGAGAGACGAAAGAAGAAAAUGGAUUCAGUGUUUUAAUGACGUCACAGCGAUCAUCUUUGUGGUAGCGAGCAGCAGCUACAACAUGGUCAUAAGGGAAGACAACAACACAAACAGGCUACGGGAAGCACUUGCUCUUUUUCGCAGUAUCUGGAACAACAGAUGGUUACGAACAAUUUCUGUCAUAUUGUUCCUUAACAAACAGGACAUGCUGGCAGAGAAAGUAUUAGCUGGGAAAUCUAAAAUUGAAGAUUAUUUCCCUGAAUAUGCUUGUUACACCAUACCAGAUAAAGUAACUCCUGAACCAGGUGAAGAUCCCAGAGUGACAAGAGCCAAGUUUUUCAUUCGUGAUGAAUUUCUGAGGAUCAGUACAGAAAGCGGAGACGGCCGUCACUACUGUUACCCCCAUUUUACAUGCGCAGUGGACACAGAAAACAUCCGCCGGGUCUUCAACGACUGCCGAGACAUCAUCCAGAGAAUGCACCUGCGGCAGUACGAGCUCUUGUGAUCUCACUUCGGCUCGCCGGGACCCUUGUGCUCUUUACGAACGUGUCUCCAAACUCCCACACUCGCGAGGCCAAAACCGCAGACAAAGAAUACUACUGACGUUUGGAACACCACCCUUCGGUUUUUAAGUUGUUUAAUUUUAACUCGUGAUUCGGGUCGGUCGGUGGGGUGGAAGACGGAGAGGGUCACUGGGUUUUUCCCCACAUUUUUAUUUGGAUUGCCUUUAUUUUUGCCAUUCCAUGAAGCCUCUGGCUACCUCCUUUUUUUUUUUUUUUCAUUCAAAUAAAAAAUGAUAUCGUUGUGUAUAUUAUCUGGCGCCUGCCUGCCAGAUUAUGAAGAUCGCAUCACCUUGUGACCUCCAGGAGUCCUAGUCUCGCACCCCGAACCUUGAUCUUCUGACCUAUAGGGCUCUCUGCUGCUCUUUCUGUUUCCGAACACUGAAGAUCGCCCACGGACAGAGGCGGGGACGGGGUGGGGGGCUGGGGGUUUGUCGAACACUGGGAAAACGAAGUGAAGUAAUGCACUUUUCCAUCCGGUUUUGACUGACGUUUUUCUUUACGAAGAUGGACACACAAUGUAGCAUCACAUCAUGAAUUUCUGUCCCACUUAAGGCUGCGGACAGGUCAGAGGAUGGUGGGAGUGACCACGCCCCCUUUCAUUGGAAGGAGGCGGGCCGAUUGAAACGAGGAGGAGGGGCUCCAGAACAUUGCUGAAGCCUCGGUUUGAGAACGUGAUGGCGAAAAGAAACGCCCCAUUUCUUAUUUUAGUUUCUUAACUUGUACAGACUGUGCAAGGUUGAUUUGUUUUUUUUUUUUUUCCUUUCCUGUACAGACUAUAAAAUGUUAUAUUAUUUUGUACAACUUUAUUGAAAGAGAGUAAAAAAUCUACUUGUAGAUCUUUGUGCCUUGAUUAUGGCUGUACCUGUAAAUGAAGCUGAUACAUAUGUUUUUGACUGCGCUGUACAGCUUGAUGUCACCCCUGUCGGCAGAAGGGACUGUGGAUGGGGACCUACUCUGUAGUUUAGUUUCUUUUUUUUCUCGUUUUUUUUUCUGCUUUGUUUAUAUAAAAAGAGAAAAAGUUCUUAAUUAAAAAUAAAUAUAGGAAAGAAAAUCUUAACCUGUAUACAUUAUGCAAAUUGACCCCCUUACCUGCGGUUAUGAUCGGACGAAACGGCACCAUGCCUUCUCGUUUUUUUGUUUUCCGUUUCAUUUUAAAUCUCAGCUUUAAAAACAGAAAAAUUUAAAAGAAAAAAAAAAAAAGUUGAAGUGUCCAAAAUCACAACCUGGUGUUGUUUUCAAAGGAACCUUUUUGGAUAUGAAGUAUGUCUGAGAUUAUAUAUAUAUAUAUAUAUAUAUAUAUAUAUAUAUAUAUAUAUAUAUAUAUAUAUAUAUAUAUAUAUAUAUAUAUAUAUAUACACGUUUGUGUCUGUGAGUGCGUGCGUGUUCACGUACAGGAGACAAACAUUGAGCCACAGACGCAUGACAUUUGUGUGUGAGUGAGUGCGCGCGUGUGUGCAAGAGUGCAUUGUGUGCACUCUUUUAUAAAUGUGUGUACAUGUAAAUUUAUACGUCUAUAUAAAUAUAUAUGUACAAUUCUACAUGUUUAAUUAUGUGUGUGUUGGUGUAUACAUACUUUAGUAUGUAUACAGUGAAGAUGUGUACUUACACACAUAGGUAAGCAUGUCUAGAGUGAAAUGAAUAAAUGAGAGUGCAAUAUUGAAAGCAA